CUCCAGUGCUACAUAUUGACGAGGCUAUUUACCAGGCAAAUUUCCGCUGACAUCUCAGUAAUCUUAAUAGUGACUUAUCGUGUCUAAAUAUGAACGUCUUUCAAAAAGUAGACUCAAACCAUAUUACUGACUGAAUGGAUAUACAAAAAUAUUUCAGCUCAACGUCUCGUUAAUCCUUCUGUCCUACUUCAGAAAGACCUAAGUGGUGCAGCUCAACAUUCCCACGCUUAACAAUACUUCAUACAGAAAAUCAGUCUCCCAACUGAAGGUGUGAAAAAUGCCAGGCGACUUCUCUUUUGUACCACCUCCCGAGGCUCCUGUAUUCUACCCAACUCCUGAAGAAUUUGAAGAUCCUCUUGGCUACUUAAUGAAAAUCCGACCUGUAUGUAUAAAAACUGGAAUAUGCAAAAUUGUUCCUCCUAAGUGUUGGAAUCCUCCGUUUGCUGUCAAUAUGAAGGAAUUUUCAUUCACACCACGAAUCCAGCGGUUGUACGAGCUAGAAGCUCAUUCCCGUAUCAAGUUGAAUUUCAUCAGCCGUCUCUACAAAUUUGUCCAGCUACAGGGGGGCGACAAAAUUCGAGUACCCAGUAUUAGCGGACGUUACCUAGAUCUAUACGCUCUCCACAAACACGUUGCAGAUGCUGGUGGAUAUCGUCAGGCUUGUGAUAACCAGUCGUGGUCUGACAUCGCUGUAAAAUUGGGUUAUCAAAGCCGUCACGCACAUUCGAUCAAGACUAACUAUGAAAAAUUGCUUUUAUCAUUCGAUCAAGCUAUGUCAUAUCCGUUUCGACCCACCAAGACCACUUUUCAUCCUAGAAGUCGUUGGAAUAGUUAUAAACGUUGCAGAAAAUCAACUGAGGAAAAUAAAAUAGACUAUUCAGCUAGUAACGAGUUGAAAAACCUGCAGUUUUUUGGUGCUGGUCGAAAGGCUGCAGUUCCUGAAGAUGGACGACCAGGCAAUUUCAAACCAGAAGUCAACAUUGAUGAAUAUAAUUGUCGCGUUUGUGGUCACGGGGAUGAUGAAACCAAUCUGCUCGUCUGUGAUACAGAAACUUGUCAAGCCUGUUAUCACUUGUAUUGUCUCGAUCCACCUCUUCGUUCCAUCCCUAAAUGCCAGUGGAAAUGCCCUGAAUGUAUUAGAGCUAUUUGCUGCAAUCCAAUGGAUGUGUAUGGAUUCCCUCAAUCAAGCAAGACUUACUCUCUGCAAGAGUUUGGUGUGAUGGCAGAUCAAUUCAAAACUGCUUAUUUCAAACGCCCAUGCACCGAUGUUCCAUGCGCUGAAGUAGAACGAGAAUUCUGGCGUAUCUUACAGGAAUACAAUGAUGACGUUGUCGUUGAAUAUGGUGCUGAUAUUCAUUCAAGUUCUCAGGGGUCAGGAUUUCCAACAAAAUCAAUGCUAAAAAACCUAGUUGGUACUGCUUCCCAACUAGCAGAAGCAAAGAAGUACGCUGAUAGCCCGUGGAACUUAAACAUAUUACCUUUGUUAGACCGAUCAGUCUUGAGGUUCAUUAAAGGAAACAUAGACGGCAUGAAGAUCCCUUGGUGCUAUGUCGGCAUGGUUUUUUCGAGCUUCUGUUGGCACAUCGAAGAUCAUUGGAGCUACUCCAUCAAUUUUAAUCAUUGGGGAGAACCGAAAACUUGGUAUGGUGUAUCCCGUUUACAUGCAGAUGAUUUUGAACGUGCUAUGAAAAAGCACGCCACAGAGCUUUUUGAUCAAGCUCCAGAUUUACUGCAUCACAUUACUACCAACAUAAAUCCAAAUAUUUUACAAGCAGAAGGUGUCCCAAUUUAUCGUACUGAUCAACACUGCGGAGAGUUUGUCGUAACGUUUCCACGCGCUUAUCAUGCUGGAUUCAAUCAAGGCUUCAAUUUUGCCGAGGCUGUUAACAUAUGUCUACCUGAUUGGCUUCCUAUUGGCCGUGCUUGUAUUGAACAUUAUGCUGAUAUCAAAAGACAUUGUGUGUUUUCAAACGAUGAACUAUUGUGUACUUUGGCUGAAGUAGCUGUAGGAAAUAUUCUUCCAGAAGAAAUACUCACUGUAACAAAUCCUGUUAAUAGCGGUAUUUCAAGUGGUGAGGGCUCAGAAAAUCCAGAAUCUGAUAUCCGUGAAAAACUACCUCCCGGUUGCUCUACUGCAGGUCUUGACAUUGGUGCUGUAGCUAUUGUGCAUCAAGAGUUCGCUUGUGUCCUUAAAGAAGAACGGUAUUUACGAGAAUUAGUUACUCAAAGUGGUGUGUCAACCUCGAGAAAAGUGAGAUUCGACGAAAUGACAGACGAUUCACGUGUUUGUGAUUUUUGUCUGACUACUCUUUUUUUAUCUGGAGUUAGUUGUUCGUGUAUUUAUGAAUCGAAUACCAGUAUUGAAGGAUUAGAAAAUCUAACUGACCAUUCUUCGGAUAACCUUAAUGUCACUGCACGAAAACGCAAGAUGUCAGAUGAGUCAUUUAAUGGAGAGGAAAAACGAUAUCCUAGCCAUAUGGUUUGUCUGAAACAUGUAUCUGAAUUGUGCAAAAAAUGUCCACCUUCAGUUUUUGUACUUAACUACCAUUACUCAAUUGAGGAACUAUGUGGUUUAGAAAAAUGCUUAGCUGAUCGUUUAGCCCAUUUUUAUGCAUGGAAAAAUCAAUUAUCCAUUUUAAUUAAACCUCAUGAUUCAAAUUCCUCAAGCAAUCACUUUAUUAAACAAGAAGCUAAUGAUAAUCAUGGUUUGACAUGUGUUAUAGAAUCUAACAACUCAACAGGUACUAUGACUCUCGUGGAAUUGGAGUUAAAGUUAGCUGAGGGUAAGACUGCCGGGUAUCAUACUGAUGACAUCUAUAACGAUGCUAAGGCGAUACUAGAUCGUGGUAGACAUCUUCAACAAAUAUGUGUCAAGUUGAAACCUUCUAUUAUUGGUACCGAGAGCAUUGAUAAGUUCAAAAACCCAUCAACAAGCAUGUCUUCUACUGUCAAUCCUGUAAAAUUUCAAACCAGACGUCCUGCUACUUUCACUGUGGCGACUUCUUCAAGUAACGGGUGUGCGACACCACAAAAAAUCGUCAAAUUACCUUCAAAUAAUGGAUACGUUGUACUCAAUCAUGAACUUGAUGUCAACAAUCCCCGAGAAUAUGAUCUAAUUCGACUUAUGGAGUCAUGUGAGCAACAACAUCCUCUCAAUCUUUUUGACGAUCCAUCAGUACAAAUGGUCAAACGACUGUUGAAUCAGUUAACAGCAUGGCAUCAAUCAGCUCGUGAUAUUAUUAAUCUACUAUGCAAUUUAAUCUUAACAAAUGCUACUCGAAGUAUUUCUACCAGUUUUUCAAUAUCAGAUAAUUUGUCCAAUGUUGGUAUUAGUGCAGAUUUUCUUCCUAACGAUUUCCACACUUUCUCAACCGAUGAUCAAGCUUUAAUUAUCCUUGACCAUUUUCUAGAGAAAUUACGAAAUGAAUUCCCAAUGUAUGUGUAUCGUGUAUCGGAAUGGAAUUCUCUUAAUCUUCUACGCCACGCAUUGAGAUGGCUCUGUAUUUAUGGUCGACAUGAUAACAAUAAAAAUACAUAUUGGUCAUUGCCUCAUCUUCGAAAGUACUUGGUUUUCGGUGAGGAAAUUAUUUCACGGCUGACAGCAAUCACCUCGAGUAAAAAAUCUCACUCAAAAGUAUCCCAUUCAUUAUCUUCUAUUUCAUUGUCUAUCCGAAACAAUCAAACAGUUUCUCCGUCUUCAGCGUCCAGCACUAAUGUUAGCAAUAUGGACACUGCUUUAACUCAGAUUAUGAGAUUUGUACUCGCUCGAAUGCACACAUCUUUAGGAAAUCUAACUCAGUUAGGUGUACAAGUUGAAACCCUAGUUGGUGUUUUAACGGAGAUUCUCAGCAGUUCAAGGUCGACCAUGUAUCAAGAAAUUGAAAAUACUUUGUACCAAUUAAAAAAUCUGGGAAUCAAUCACCUUACAGCUGUUCAUGGACAGAUAUCACCGACAGAUGAACCUAAGCUUAAUGAGACAUUAGAUGAACGCUAUUUCAAUAACAUUGUAGAUACUCAUUCUGUUAUUGCAUCUGAAGAUAUCGCUCAAUUAAAAACACUUUUAAAAGGACAUAUCGAUGACAUAAUAAAUUUGUGUUCACAGGAUUAUUGUAGUUCAAGAAGUAAACCAUGUUUGGUUGCAGCGGAAAUCUUAUGUGAAUUCGGUCAUUUCUUCUCAUCACCUUCAGAUUCGGAUCAUUCACCAAGUUUUGUUACUGCUCAUCAGAAAAUUAUUGUUAUAUCGGACGCAUUAGAUCGCCAGUUGUCAAUGUUAAAUGAUCAUGUUAACAAUACAAAGCGUGCUAUAUCUGAUUUGUAUGAUAAACUUCUUUCUCAUCAUCAUCUGCCUGCACAUAAUGUACAAACUGAUUCAUUAUUAGAGGUUUUAUUGCCUGGGUUCUCAAUGAAAUAUCACAAGUCUUUUGCUUUGCAGUCAUUCAAAGAAGCUUCCAUAUCCAGUUAUGAAUGUGCACUUUCUGUAUAUAAACAACAAACAAAGGAUCAUUAUGAUUAUAUAUCAUCAACACUUAAAAAUAUGUUUACAAAAGACACUCCGUGUAAUGUGUGUUCCGAACGCUUCAAAAUCACAAAAGUCAUUACAGAUCAAAUUAUCUCUGAAAACAAUCCAUGCGAUUUAUGUUCAUUGUGCUCGAAAGAUCUAUCAGUAUAUCCCACACUUGAUUGGCUUGUACGUUUUGAACAUCACUGGUCCAUUUCUACCUCAUCUAGUGUGAACAAUGAAGAAGUUGUUGAUUUAACUGAUGAAAAGGACUGUGGAAAUUAUGGCAUUUUGACUCUUCUCUGUAGUCCUGUGUCCAUUGCCCUUCAACUUUGUCUCAAUCAAAUUCAAGAGUAUUUGGUUCAGUUGGAACAACUACUUAAAUCACUUGGGAAUCAACUAAAUGAAAUAAUUUCAAGCAUAGAUCAAUCACUAAUUCAACAAUUACCAACCUGUUUCGUGGAUUUCAUCAAUAAGUUGUGUAUUUCACGAGAUCCAUCAAUUUUUACCAAUCAUUCUGACUUCAAGUAUGAACUCUGCAGAAUACUGUGUGUUUUUCUCACAUUCAAAGUGAAUUUAAUGCCGUAUAUUCAAUUGAUCGAACAUAUUUUAUCAUCACAAUGUGUAUUCAACAAUAUCCAAGAAAAUACUCUAGAAAAUUUAGGUUCUUAAUGUUUUUUUUCUAAUUAGCUCCUCUAUUUAAAACUUGUUUGUUGAACAAUCACAUUUAAUUCUUCACAGGUUUGUUGAUAAUUUUGUUUUUGUAUAAUUCGUUCGUGUUUCUUUUAUUAUUUAAGUUGACAAUUGUUGUUAUAGACAUUUUAAUAGUUAUUAAAUAUAUAUAUCUCAGUAGGUCAUUAAUUCUAGAUCUGGCUAACAUGGUUUUUUUUUGUUUAUUGCUUUUUCUCUUUUAUUCAUUAUCUUGAUUAUUCAUAGUUUCCUGCUUUUGUGUAUACUUAUCAACUGGUUUUUUUUUCUCCUCUACCUGAACAUAUGGACAGAUGAUAUACGGAUGUCCAAUUGCAUUUGUCUUUACUUUUUCACUUUAUUUUGUCUGUUUUGCCAUAUAUUUCUCGAUUCGUUUGUAUUUUUACUGCUUUCUUUUCUUGUAACUCAUUGUGAAAUUCUCAUCAUUUACAUACUUUUAUUUAUAUCUACAAGAAUUUUAUCGUCACUGAUAUGAAAAUUAAUAAAGUAUUUUAUUCAGUUUUUGUGAAA